ACACACCGGAACUUCCUUACUAUGAGAUCUUCUAACUUCACAUCACCUAAGAAAGUUUACCUCCCAGUUCAGCGGGUGCUCGGCGGCCAGCACAUUUGAACCAGAAGGGAGGACAUUUGAACCAAAAGGAAGAGAGAGAAAGGAGCGAAUUAGAAGGGAGAAGGAGGGAAUUAGAAGCGAGAGGGACUGGCUGCUUUUCUUUGGGAGCUUUAGUGCGAGUCCUGAUUCUCGAGAGAGGGGUUUGUUGUAGCUAGAAUAUGGAAACCCCAAAUAUCAAAGAACUCUUGACAUCAUUUAGUCCUUCUGGAGACUUUCUUGCCAUAAGUGCAGGAGAUGGUCGAAUUAAGAUAUGGGACACACUAAAGGGCUCUCUACAAAUCGAGUUUGCCGAUAUCAAUUCCAAAACUGAUGGAAUGGAUUUGUCAGGUCACUCUAAAAGGGGGCAUCUCUCUCUUGAUUAUACAUGCAUGGAGUGGAUGACAUUGGGGACUCAGAAGAAAUCUUUGUCAUUAGUAUUAGGAACAGGAAAUGGGGAUGUUUUGGCAUUAGAUGUCUCUGUUGGUGAGAUGAAAUGGAGAGUUAAUGACUGCCAUCCUGGGGGCGUUCAUGCCAUUUCUUUUUCUAGACAUCGUGCAUGCAUAUAUACUGCUGGUAGUGAUGGUAUGGUUUGCCGGUUGAACUCUGAUACAGGGACUGUACUGGGGAAGUUCAAGGCUUUCUCAAAGGCAAUAUCGUCCUUAGCUUUGUCACCUGAUGGAGAUAUGCUGGCAACUGCAGCUGCUCAAUUGAAGGUUUUCAACUGUUCGGCUUAUAAACAAGUUCAGAAGUUCUCUGGCCAUCCUGUUUCUGUCCGCUGUAUGAUCUUUACUGAAGAUAGGAAGUACAUUAUUUCAUCUGGUGUUGAGGAACGAUAUGUCGCCAUCUGGAAAAUAGAUGGUGGAAGAAAAGAAUCCGCAUCUUGUGUCCUUUCAAUGGAGCAGCCUGCUAUCUGCUUAGACAGUAAGGGUACUGACAGUAAGGGGAUCUCUUUUCUGGCCGUUUCAGAGACAGGAUUUUGUUACUUUUGGUAUGGGAAUGAGGUUGAGAAAUUACAUCCUAAGCCAGUCAAGAUUUCGGUGUCUGCAUCAUUUAUCGAUCCCAAUGUUACGAAGUCUAGAAGGGGCAUGAUGCCUGCAAUAUUUGCCGCAAAUAUACAAAACUCUGGGAAAGAGGAUUUGGGAACUGUUUAUGUUGCAUAUGGUUCUAUAAUAAAGCCGGAAUUCGAGAAAAUUUCCAUGAAGCCUGAUUCAGAUGUGACCUUGAAGCUUUCAAGCAAGGGAGGUCUUUUGCUAAUCACGCGAUCUGAUGCAUCCCAGAAAUCUAAAUUGGCAAUAAGUCAAGUUACUGCACUGGACCGUGCAAAUGCAGAAGAUGCUAUACUUCCAAUUCCUAAACUCCGUGAUUCUCAUGAGAAAAAUCAAAAGCAUGAAGAGAUGGAUUUCUCUCAUGAACAAAUUGUUGCUGAUGUUGAGGAUGAUAGCGAGGGAAAAUCAAAACUUCAUUACAGGAAAGCCGAUGGUGAAGAGGAUCAUACUAUGGAGGAGAAGCUAUUAUCGAUGGGAAUCUUAAACGAAAGUGUUGGCAAUGAUCACGAGGGAAUUAGACACACAUUAUUCCCAAAUGACCAAUCCAUGAAUUCUUCAUGGUUGACGGAGGCCUAUCAAUGUUUUGAUUCCUUAUUCACAGACCAUGACAUAUCUGCAAAGAAGAUUAGGUUUGCCAUCAAGUCAAUGAGUUCAAAUGAUGCAUGCAAAUUUCUGGCUUUUAUGGUAUCUAUGUUGAAGUCCAGGUCAAUCAAUGCAAGUCAUGUUCUUCCUUCAAUACAUGGUAUUUUGGUGAAUCAUGGGAGGUACAUUGCAGCUAAGGAGCCCUACAAACAACUUCUUGACACUUUACAUGAGAUUACAUCGGCCAGAUCUUCAAUAAUUCAACCUAUGUUACAAUUAUCCGGACGCUUGGAUCUCGUUAUGUCUCAGAUAACUGCUAGAAAGGGCGAAACACAAAUUAUCAGUGAAGUAGCGCAUGAUCAGGCAAUUGUUGAAAUGGAAGAAGAUGAAAUUGAAGAUGAAGAGCAAGACGAUAUUAAUGAGUAUGUGUAUGGAGAGGAUAAUUCAGAAAGUGAGAGUGAUGUUGAUGAUAACCAGUAGGCUUUCAAAGGGCAGGAGUUCUGGGAGUGACCAUCUGUCUUGCUAAAAAAAGCCCUCGGUUUCAGAAUUAAUCAAAUGGGUUGAUUUAGGGGCCUAACCAAAAUUACUUUCGCCUUUAUUUUCAAUCCGAAACCGAUUUCAGUUUUGUAAAAUACUGGAAUAGCAUUACUAUCCUUUUUUAUCCUUUUUCUUUUUUUUUGGUUGCGGGGUUGGGGGUCAUUUAGUUUGUCUUCUUUACCUAAGAAGUGAGAGUUGUCUUUGCCUAAAGUGAACAAAAUUUCCUUGGGUUCCUGGGAUAGAAAGUCAAAGCACCUGAAUUUCCUCGAAAUUGAUGCUGUAUUUGUUGAAAGACGAGCAAAAAUGCCCAUGUACCAUCUCAAACAAUACCUACACAAUUUUGUUGACCUCCCCUUUUUUGAAGAAAAUUUUUGUAAACCCAUCUUGUAGUUCUUUAUUCUCGUGAAUGAUUAAACAGCCAUGAUUUUCCAGAAAUGAGCAGAAUUAGCCCUAUUUGUACUGGAGAUGAGUGAAUGUGUGCUUUGAUGAGGCACCUUGUUUCCUACAAGUGUUUACAUACCUUUCUUUUCUUUUUUUAUUUGUAGUACAAGUAGCUUUUUCUGAACGUUGGCCCAAGCAUUCUUGAAGUCCUUUUCGACCUUUUCUUCUGACUCUAUUUAAUUAUUCUACUGCUCAAACUGGGGGAUGUUUCCCAUUAGUAAUCGGGAGAUUAGAUCCUAAAAGCCAAUGUUGAACUCUGUGCCUUGUAACUUCCUUCUGAAAAGUAAUGUUGCAGCAACAGUAUAAUCUCUUUUUAGUGUUUUUUACAUUCAAUGUUGUAGCUUACAGCCCUGGUGUGAAAUACCAUGACAUUUUAGAAUGUAGUCCAAUCA